AAAAUUCCUAUUACUAAGUUAUUUCAUAAAACGUAUAUUUUCUGAGAAUAAAUACAAGUGAAAUUCAACGACGGCCUAAAACAUGGUUACACAGUAUAACACGUAAAGAAAUCAAUAGAUAUAGUUAUUUUAAUGAAAAACACUCAAUGCACUGCGGUUUUUUCCAGAAAGGGAACAAAAUACAAUUAAAAACUCUCACAAUUUAAUUCUUGCAUUAUAAUCCCAUAAUAUGGUGAGAUCAAUUAAAAAAGACAUUAGAGACACAAGAGUAAGUGGAGUUCUACUUACAGGAGACUCGUGUUUAGCCAUAAUAUAUAACGCUAAAAGAUUAGUUUAUGGAUUGUUUGUAUUUCUUAUCUUGUAUAAGAGACGUAACAUCAUAAGUCACAGGAUAAACGGCGCAGUCGUUUGUUUCUCAUUAAGUAAACAUUCCCGACGGUGCUUAUCACAUUGUCAGAUUAGAAGCGUAUCUUGGGCCAUGGGGGGUAUAUAAGACAGCGACGAGGGUAGCCACAUUUACUCCAGUGAUCCAGAUAGCCAACAUACGGUUACUUGUCGACAUGCUUUUCGUAAAGUACAUUUAUAUUUUGUGUCUUGCAUCUUCUUCAUUAGCUAAGCCAUCAGAUUACCUAACAGAGGGUAGAGGGAUUGGUUCAACAAUAUGGGGAUGGAUAUCGUAUCCUUUUUCGUGGUGGAGUUCCAGCGAAUUUGAUACGCCUGCCGUAGACGAGCAACUCAAUGGUACACCUGUUUAUAGGCCAUAUGACAACAUAGAGAUUGCAAAACACAACGUUACUGUGUGGUGCAACGAUCAAACAUGUACUACGAUGAAGUGCGACAAGUACGGAUGUAAAAACGCAACUUGCAACAUUUAUGAUACGGAUUUGAGAGGAGAAUGCAGGGAGUAUAAUACUAUUGUGAAGCCUGAACAACCCGUACCACCGAAACCUACGCCUAACACAGAACCAACGGUGCAAGACAAUAUACCGGAUUCUACGAAAGCACCUGAACCCUCGUUGUCUACAGAAAACAAUUCUAAUGCCAAUCAAUCCAUUGAGGAACAUCCUUUAGAACUAGAGGCUGUCCUAUCGUCAACUGUUACUGAAAAAACGGCAAACAAAGGGUCGCAAGUCAAAGUAGACAAGCCUGCAAAUCCACAAAAUAAGGUCUAAACAAGCCACCUUAUCAGCAAAGGGACUACUCUUACCUAUUUCAAAUUGAUAAAAUUUUAUCUCAACACAUUCUUUCCAUGAUAGAGACUUAUGCAACAGGUAUUACAAAAAACUAAUUUGAAAUCUCGAUAUACACUCUUCAUGUGCAGAUGGAAUAUGCUAUUAUUCUAAAUGCGAGGGCGUUAAGUGCGAAAUUGAAUACUGCCAAUACAUUCUUUUGAAUGAUGACAAUAAAUGCUCUAAGAAAAUCUCUAUGGGUAUAUUAAAAUUGGAUCGAUUUAGCAAGAACAUUCUUCUUUCGGACGACCGGAAUAAAAAUAGUCCCGCAGAGAAUAGGAAUAAAAAUAGGCCCGCAGAGAAUAGUGAACAAACUAAUAUAAAACUUAUUAACAGAAUAUUACAUAAGUGAUGAUUUUAGAGUUAUAAUACAAAACGCGAGUGCUUUUGCUUUGACAUGUAUUGUUUUAAAAAUAUAAUAACAGAAUGUCGUUGGCUAAAGUUGUAAGCCAACGCCAUAAAAGAUCG